CGCUCGUCCGCUGGGCGCCCGGCUCCACAGGCGCUCGGUGUCCAGCUCGGUGCCCGCUCGGUGCCCACUCGUCCACUGGGCGCCCGGCUCCACAGGCGCUCGGUGUCCAGCUCCGUGCCCGCUCGGUGCCCACUCGUCCGCUGGGCUCCCGGCUGCGCGCCCGCUCGGUGUCGUCCAGGCGCCUGGCCGCGCGCCCCCUCGGUGCCCACUCGGUGUCCGCCGGACGCCCGGCUCCGCGCCCGCCCGGUGCCCGGUGCCCCAUUCCCAUGGGACCCGUGGGCUCUUGGCGCCCCCUGGCGCUGGGGCUGGGGCUGGCGCUGGGGCUGGCGGUGGCCCCGGUCCCGGGUCCGGGGCUUAGGCCGAGGCGGGCAGGCGAGCCCCCGUGCCCAUCCUGCAGCGCUGCCCCUCUGGCCCCCAGCCUGGAGCGGGCUGUGCUCCUGGAACUGGCGAAGCAGCAGAUCUUGCGGGGCCUGCGGCUGCCCGCGCCCCCUCCGCCCCGCGCCCCGCCGCCCCCCGAGGCCCUGGCCGUCGCCCUGCGCCGACUGCGAAGCCACCCGGAGCCGCGGGACCGCGGAGCCGAGACCAUCAGCUUUGCGGAGCCCGACGCGACGGGCGCCUCCUCUGCGUCCUCCCGGCCGGCCUGCGGGACGACUCUGACCUUUGCCCUGUCGAGCCCGGGCGGCCGGCGCGCCCAGCUGCUGCAGGCGCGGCUCUGGCUGUACCUGCGGCCUGCGGGGCCCCCCCGGCCGGGCCCCCCGCUGCGGGUCUUCCUGCGGGGCCCGUCGGGUCGCACCCUGCUGGCCGAGCGCCGGCCCGGGGCGCCCGGCUGGCACGGGCUGCCCCUGCGGGUCGGUCGGCUGGGGGCGGCGCCCGGGGGCUGGCGGCUGGAGCUGGAGCUGGACUGCGGCGGCGCCCACCGGCCCCGGGCCCCCAGGCCCCUGCGGCUGGACACGGCCGGCGGCCGGCGCCGGCGGCGGGUGCCCGCCUGCGCCCCGGACUCGGACCUCUGCUGCCGCCGCCACCGCUUCGUGGACUUCCGCGAGCUGGGCUGGGGUGGCUGGAUCCUGCAGCCCGAGGGCUACACCAUGAACUACUGCGCCGGGCAGUGCCCGCUGCACCUGGCCGGCAGCCCGGGCCUCGCCGCCUCCUUCCACGCCGCCCUGCUCAGCCUGCUCAAGGCCAACCGGGCCCCCGCGCCCGCGGCCCAGUCCUGCUGCGUGCCCACCGCCCGCCGGCCCCUCUCCCUGCUCUACCUGGACCCCAGCGGCAGCGUGGUCAAGGCCGACGUGCCCGACAUGGUGGUGGAGGCCUGCGGGUGCAGCUAGCCCAGCCGGGGGUGGGGGCGGAGGGGGGCGCGGGCCG